AUGAAUAAUAGACACAAUCAAGAUGAAUACAGCUUGAGAAGAAGUAUUAACAACACACUGCGGAACAAGUCGAAUUCACUUAAGAGUGGUAUUAAUGAUAAUAAAAAGGGUCCAUUAAAAAAGUUUAUUCCAAAUAUUGACAAUUUAAAAAAUGAAAAUAAUAUAAAAUCGGAACAAACAAAUAAAUUAGAAGAUAGCUUAAACAAUAGAAGUAUUCAAGAAUUGAUAACAAAAACUAUUAAUUUUGAUUUACAAACUGAUAAAAAUAAAAAUGAAAAUCAUUUUAACAAUAAUAAAAGUAAUAUAGCUUUUCCUUCUCAGGGCGUAGAAAAAACAUUAAAUAAUAAUAAUUUAAACUUAUUGAAUUUAGGAAUUUUAAAAACCAAUAAUAAUGACAUUUCCGUAUGUCAACAAAAAAAAAAAACAUCUAUAGAUAUAUAUGAACUAAAUAAUAUAAGCAAAAACAUUUUCUAUAAUAAGAAGUCUACUUCUUCUGAUGCUCACUUUUUGCCAUUGACCUUACCAUUUUUUAAAGAUAAUGAAAAACAGAAAAAAAUUCGAAAGUUAUUUCUAAAUAAGGAACGGUUCUUUUUCUGCAUCCAGUUACCGAACAUGUUACCAGCUCUUGCUCGAAACGAGGAACCGAAUGAAAAUAAAGACAGUAUAAUAAAAAAGCAAGAAGAACAACAAAAAAUGGGCUUUAAAACGGAGGACAAAAAUGAAACAGAAAUAAAGAAGAAAAUGAUCCAAAAGGAAAACAAUAACGAAUAUGAACUGAGAAAUAUAAGUACAUUACCAAAUGGUAAAUUUGCAAAGUUAAUUUUAUAUAAAAACAAAAAAAUUAAAAUGAAAAUUAACGAUAUUAUAUUUGAUGUUGAUGAAGGAUCAGAAUGCACUUUUUCGCAAGAGAUUGGUUGCUACAUAAAGGAAAAUUCGGAAUUUAUUUUUUUGGGAAACUGUGACAAUAAACUUGUUGCAACCCCAAAUAUUGAAAGAAUUAUAAAUCAAAAGUAA